GACAAAACAUUCGAUCUUUGUACUUUCUAAAUUAAAAUCAUGGCUUUUAACUUGCCAAAUUCUCCUUAUAAUGGUCCACCACCAUUGGUUCUUGAAUAUAGUGAUGAUGAUAUGGCUCAAAUUCAUGCAAGUGCUGAGCUUACUGUUUUUAUUCAACUGUUUGGUAGAAAAAUGGGAUGUUAUCAGCUUGGUUCUUGUAUUCAUGGCUUUUUCAACCUUGAUGGACGUGUUGAAGUGACUGAACAUGGUCACUGCAGGUACUCUGCCAAGUUCUCCAGCCAGGGGGAUUAUGAUCGAGCUAUUCAGAGAAGUAGCUGGCAGAUUUCGGAUCACCAUGUCAUCGAGGUUUAUAAAUGGGAGCCUAAUUUCCAAUUCGGUAAAGUGCCACUUCUUGCUGUUGGAGACUUUGUGGAAGCCCGCGUGGAAGGGCUUCCUGUUGAGUACUGCAUAGACAACGCGGUGCUUAAAAUUGGCAAUGCUGUUUGCGAGCCCUUGGGUUGCCCCGUCUAUAUGGUUGAUACUUUGAAUGGUAAACCUCCUCGAUUUUGGUUUCUGUUGACAGGUUCAACAUGUUUGGAUCUUCCUUUGCACGUUCAGAUAAAUGGUGGUCCACUUGUGGGAUUGUCUUAUUCUCGAGCACAGCAAUGCUAUCAUUGUGGUAGAUAUGGACACUUCCGCAAGACUUGUCCUGAGCUCAAUCAACGGAUAAGAUCUCCCAACCGGGCUACACCUUCCAACUCUGGUCCAAUUCGAGUCCAUCGUCCUCAUUUGGGUCGACAACCAGCCCCAGUUUCUUAUGUGUCACCACGUACCUCGUUCCCUGCAGAAACUCAUGAAGGAACCACAGGUUCAGAAGAAAGUCAUGAAGGAACCACAAGUUCGGGAGAAAGUCAUGAAGGUACCACAAGUUCGGAAGAAAGUCAUGAAGAAACCACAAGUUCGGAAGAAAGUCAUGAAGGGACCACAAGUUCGGAAGAAUGUCAUGAAGGAACCACAAGUUCGAUCACGCCAUUUUCUCCUAUAGAGUUCUUUGCUGGCUCCUCGGGUAGCACUAGUCCCUCGAGGCUAAUUGAAGAAACGAAAAUGAGUCCUAAGGGUGCUAUGCUUGUUGAGAAUGGAAUGGAAAGCAAGCCGAAGUGUUACAAUAUGGGAGAAGAGGUUUCUGGAAUCGACGUUGCUGUGAGAGUCUCUCAUUUGAAUUAUCAAAGGGGAAAUCAGCGCUGGGUUUCCAUAACUCCCCGUGCUGGCGAUGGGCCCCGUUGCUCCAAGAAAUUGCUUUGCACAAGCAUUGAGAAUGCUGAGGACCGGAAUGCAAUCCGUGCAAUAAAGGACACGUGCUACGAAAACAAUGUUUCAAUGGCGAUUGUAUUCGAUAAAUCCUCUGUGCUAAGCAACGACGAUCGAAUAGUCAGGUGCUUUGGUUUCUCUGAUUCUUAUUGUGCAGAAAUGAUAUUUCGAAGGUUCAGAGAAGAUGGCUCAGCAGUGGACGUGAAGGGUAAUUGCUUGCUGAUGUGGAACGCGGAAGAACUUCGUGUUAAUGUUUCCCCAGUAUCGUAUGGUAAUACACCACUUUUGUCCCAACAUCUCGAAUUUAAUGCCUCGUGGGUGGUUAGUGAAUCCGAUUCAGAUGAAUCGUCCAAUGGUUUUUCGAGUUCUGAAGGAGAAGGCUCAAUCGGUUCAUCUGUUUCUAGCGAUGAAUACUCUCGAAAUGGAGACAUAGAUUCAGAUGAAUCCUCUUUGUUUUCUUCUGCUGGAGAAGGAGUUUCAAAUGAAUCUUCCGCCUCGUCUAGUUCUAGCAAUGAAUCAUUGAUUUUUCUUCCAAAUGGAGCUACAGAUUCGGAGGCAUCCUCUUUGUUUUCGACUGAUGCAGAGGAAAUUUCAAACGGAUCAUCUGCUCCUUCUAGUUCUGAAGAAGGAAAUGAUUCAUUUAUUCUUUCUCCUAAUGGUGAAUAGGAUAAGUAUAUGAUUGAGACCACAUAUAUCUCAUGAUUGAAACACUCUAACGUUUCCUUAACCGUACAAAAUAGAGCAAAUUUGAUUGAGACCAGGGAGAUGAGGGAUAGGAGUCAAGGUUCUGCAAAAAUUCAAGUCCCGAUCCAAUUCAGCAAGUCCGAAUAGAGAAGACAAUCAGUGUUAGUCAUAAAGUUUUGAGCUACAUUUUCUUAUGGUACUUCUAAUAAUCGUCGUUGAAAAUUCAAUAUAUAGUUUUUUGAUCUGCAAUUUUGUCUAGUAUAUAGUUCAGUUCUAACCAUUUUAGGCUGUAGUAAUGUCAACUGUACAUACUCCAUACUUUUUGUAUACUUGUAAUUGAUGUCAAGGAAGUUUUGAAGGCAAUAGAACAAGAUGUUUUUUAAAAAUUAUCUCCCUCUUAUGACUUGUUGAUUCUCUUGUUAUAGCUAGUGAUGGAACUUGGACAAUAUUUGAGCUUUAUUUGGAUAAUGUCUGGUUUAACAAUGUCCUUGCUAAAUCUGAUAUCUACAUUGCCUAUUUGCUAAAUUUGACAUUGUACGUCGACAUUAUUAAUUUCUCUUGUUUUUCAAUAGUUGUUCAGGACCAGUUUCAGUUAAUGUAACUAUUUGCAGUGGAGAUUAUCACUUUGAUCUUUUGUACUGUUGACUGUGCAUGCCCUGUGUGCAAAAGGUCGUCACAUAAGCUGUUGCUGUUGUGCACUAGCUAGAACACUUGUUCUAUGACCUUGGGUGAAAGUUAUCCAGUAAUAUUUACUUGUCUUCCUUUAUACUGGACAUUGUCUUCCCUUAUACUGGACAAUGAUAUUUAUUGUGUUUCAGAUAGGGGGAUAUGGAGGGUGAUGAUUAGGCUAGAAGGUUAGUAGGUAGUCGAACGCUGUCUAGUUUCAUUUUUCAGUAUUAUUAUUAUUAUUAUUGUUAUCACUCUCCUACUAUCUUAUUCUUCGCUUUUAUUAUUACCUGUUGUUUCCCUUGCUUCGGUUAUCCUGUUGUUUGUCGUCGCUACUGUUCUUUUCUCCAUUAUUUUCAGCACGGCUUCUUCACAACUGCAUUUCCUUUUCAUACCUGAUUUGAUAUGCUUUAGUUUAGCCGAGGGUCUAUUGGAAACAACCUCUCUACCUUCACAAGGUAGGAGUAAGGCUGCGUACACACCACACUCCCCACACCCCACUUGUGGGAUAACACUGGGUAUGUUGUUUUUGUAAUUAGUUGUAACCUUUUGUGUUGUCUGCUAUUUUUCUCUUUUAAUGAGGUAAUGCCUGCAUUUUAAGCUGACAUAGAAUUCUCAAUGAUCUCUAAAGUAAUGUAAGAUUUCAUGUUGGAUGUAUAAGAACUCAAUGACAGAGAAUUGAACUGAUUCUUGAAUGAACUUUUCUUCCCUUAGUAACUUUACUGUAUAAUCCAUGAUUAUUUGUAUCAAAGUAAAAAACUGGUUUACUUCUCUUACACUUUAUUGUAAUUAUGUAUAGACUGUCAUGAAGGAAUAUGGUGUUUUUACUCAUUCAGGCUUCUUUUCCUUGGGUAGGAGCAACGAGCAAGCAUUAUACUGUCUCUCUAGAUGUGUUGCAUGUUCUAUUCGUCUCGAAAAAAUAUUUACUUUGUUGUAUGGCGAUGAAUCCUCUUUUCUAUCUACUAAUCCAAAUACACAUUAGGUUGGGGUCGUUUA